UCUAAUCGGCUGCAAAAGUACUGGUCGCCAUUAUCGAUUUGUGGCAAAAAAAGAAGAAAAAAAUAGAGAAUUAAAGAUCGCGUUACAGCGUUACGCACCGGCUAAAGAGCGCAUCAAACGCGGUGUAAAAAUUAAUUUGUGCAGAAAAAAAAUCGAAUGAAAAGUUUGUGGUGCGCCAGCUAGUCGUGUUUUAUUUUUCGUUAAACAUUUGCCACAACAACUAAUCAAUAUCAAUACGUCUCCCUGCCUCUGAGUGUGCGUGUUUGUGUUCGUGUGCGUGUACUGGCCUGUCUCACAGUGUAUGUGUAUGUGUGCUGUUUGGUCCAUUCUUUAGUGCACAUAAUCAAAUUAGAUUGGAUAUAUAACUAGUGUUAAUUAAGUGAAACCAACAACAAAAACAGCUUCAUCAUGACUAUGGCUGGGCAAACAAUCAACGACAGGCUGCUGGCUGCUCGUCACAGCCUUGCGGGCCAAGGACUCGCGAAAUCAGUGUGCAAGGCCACAACUGAGGAAUGCAUCGGGCCGAAGAAGAAGCAUUUAGAUUAUCUGGUGCACUGCACAAACGAACCGAAUGUCUCGAUACCCCAUUUGGCCAACUUACUUAUCGAGCGCUCGCAGAACGCCAACUGGGUGGUCGUCUAUAAGUCGCUGAUAACCACACAUCAUUUGAUGGCGUAUGGCAAUGAGCGUUUCAUGCAAUAUCUCGCCUCGAGCAACUCAACAUUUAAUCUCAGCUCCUUUCUGGACAAAGGAACUGUGCAAGAUGGUGGCAUGGGCGUUCCAGGUGGCAGAAUGGGCUAUGACAUGUCGCCCUUCAUAAGACGCUAUGCCAAGUAUUUGAAUGAGAAGUCGCUCUCGUAUCGCGCGAUGGCUUUCGAUUUUUGCAAAGUGAAGCGCGGGAAAGAGGAGGGCUCGUUGCGUAAUAUGAAUGCGGAGAAGCUGUUGAAGACGCUGCCAGUUUUGCAGGCUCAAUUGGAUGCACUUCUGGAGUUCGACUGUCAGUCCAAUGAUUUGACUAACGGCGUCAUCAAUAUGAGCUUCAUGCUGCUCUUCCGUGACUUAAUUCGUCUGUUUGCCUGCUAUAAUGAUGGCAUUAUCAAUCUACUGGAGAAAUACUUUGACAUGAACAAGAAGCAUGCACGCGAUGCUCUAGACUUGUACAAAAAGUUUUUGGUUCGCAUGGAUCGUGUGGGGGAAUUCCUAAAAGUGGCCGAGAAUGUUGGCAUUGAUAAGGGCGAUAUACCCGAUUUGACAAAGGCGCCCAGCUCCCUGCUGGAUGCCUUGGAGCAGCAUUUGGCCACGUUGGAGGGUCGCAAGGUCUCUGCGGCCAAUACACCCACACAAUCGUCGAGCUAUCAACGCACAAAUGUUAAAUCCGCUGUCUCUGCACUCUCUUCAACUAGCUCGGCAUUUGGCACUGCGGCAGCGUCUAGUAAAUUUGAUACCUCCAAUGGCAUUGACGAGCAGCUGAAGGCCCAGGUGCUGGCUGAGGAGGAGGCCGCCAUGAAUCAGUACAAAUCCAAGGUAUCGUCGCCCACUAGCAGCGGUGCUGGUGGUGCUAGCGCUGCACUAACAAAUCCAUUCCUAUCGUCACCGCCAGCCGCCCAGGCUGGUCAGCCGAUAGUUGAUCUGUUUGGUGCCGCGUCGGCACAGCCCGCUGCUGCUGCAGCAGCAUCUGGCGCUUCACAGGCGCUUGCCACAAAGGCGUCCGACGACUUGCUGCAGCUGGGCAAUCCGUUUGCCGACAUGUUCGAGGCCAGCGGCAACAGUGUGGCAGGUGCCACAGCCGGAGCAACAGGUGCUGCACUCAAUGCCAAUAAUUUAUGGAUGCAUAAUAACGGUUUCAAUGGCUCUACAGUUUCCUCCGCUGCUGCUACAAAUGCAUUCGUUUCCGAUAGUAAUUUUACGUCCGUUUUCGGUAAUACGGAACCAACAGCCGCGUCGUCAGCACCGUUGCCAAAUCCCUUUUUCGAUGAUGCUAUCGCCUAUGGCCAACUUGGAGAGCCACAGUAUCAGCCACAACAACAGCAACAGCAGGCCGUAUUAUUUUAUAUGCAACAACAGCAACAACAACAGCGGCUGCAACAGCAGCAGCAGCAGCAACAACUGCAACAGCAGCAAGAGCUGGCUUUAUUAACGACCUCCACGAUGUCUCCAUUCCCCACAGGCUUUGAUGCUUUGGGCGAUGUUCUGAAACCGGCCACAGCCAACAGCAAUCAAAUGAAUGUUGUCGCCGCAGGUGCCGCUUACCAGGGCUUCAAUGCCAGCAGUCCGGCCCUAACAUUACAACAGCAACAGCAAAUGAAUACACAACAGCAGCAGCUACUCAUACAGCAACAGCAACUGCAGCAGCAACAGCACCAACAACAACAGCAACAACAACCAACUGGCACUGGCAAGAUAAUAACGGGCGACCUGGAUAGUUCACUAAUGUCCCUAGUUGAUAAUUUAAAUAUAAAUAAAACAGCGAGUGCAAAACCCGUGCAAUGGAAUUCACCUAAAAAUACAGCGAAACCAGGUGCUAAUUGGACACCUCAACCAAUGGCGGCUACAACUGGUGCUGGCUAUCGUCCAAUGGCACAUGGCAUGACCGUAAGUCCUGCGCCAAUCACAAUCAAUCAUCCGUAUAUACAUGCUAGUUAUCCUGUUAUGCCAAAUUAUAUGCAGGGCAUGCCGGUGAUGGGGCAGCAGCCGAGUAUGCUGCCACAAGCAGCCCCUUUGACUGGGGGGCAGCCGACGAUGAUGGGCGUGGCGCACAGUAAUGCGACGGUGCCAGCAGCGACAGGGAUCAUGCAACCCACGCAGGCGACGCAGAAUGGAGGCAAUAAAAAUGUACCACUCGAUCCGUUUGGGGCGUUAUAAGGCGCCACCUGAACACACACACA